AUGGCGAAGAAGGCUGUUCACUUCGGCGGCGGUAACAUCGGCCGCGGCUUUGUGGCCGAGUUCCUGCACGCGGCCGGCUUUGAGGUCGUCUUCGUGGACGUGAUGGACAGCAUCAUUGAGGCUCUCCAGAACACCAAGUCCUAUGAGGUCACCGAAGUCAGCGAGGAAGGCGAAAACACCAAGACCAUCACCAACUACCGUGCUAUCAACUCCAAGACUCAUGAACAGGAUGUCGUCCAGGAAAUCUCCACGGCAGACAUCGUCACUUGCGCUGUGGGUCCCAACAUCCUCAAGUUCAUUGCCCCCGUCAUUGCCCAGGGCAUCGACAUUCGUGAGCAGCCUAUUCCGCUGGCCGUCAUUGCCUGCGAGAACAUGAUUGGCGGCACCGACUCGCUGCGCGGGUUCAUCGAGCAGAAGACCGACCCGUCCCGACUGGAGACCAUCGGCGAGCGUGCGGCCUUUGCUAACUCCGCCAUUGACCGAAUCGUCCCGGCCCAGGCCAAGGACAGCGGACUCAAUGUCCGUAUUGAGAAGUUCUAUGAGUGGGUCGUCGAGAAGGGGCCCUUCGGAAAGUUUGGACACCCGGAUAUUGCUGCCAUUCACUGGGUCGAUCAUCUCGAGCCCUACAUCGAGCGCAAACUGUUCACUGUCAACACCAGCCACGCUACCGCCGCCUACUAUGGCAAGCAUGCUGGCAAGAAGACGAUUGCUGAGGCGAUGAAGGAUGACUACAUUCGUAGCACGGUCCGAGAUGUGCUCCAGGAGACUGCAUCUCUCAUCGUGGACAAGCACGAGAUCUCCGCCCGAGAGCAACAGGAAUACGUCGAGACCAUUAUUAGCCGCAUCUCCAACCCAUACUUGGAAGACAGCGUGGAGCGUGUUGGACGGGCCCCGAUUCGCAAGCUUGGACGCAAGGAACGAUUCAUUGGACCUGCUGCUCAGUUGGCUGAGCGAAAUGCCAAGUACGAUUCGCUCUUGGGAUCUGUGGAGAUGGCUUUGCGGUUCCAGAAUGUAGAGGGGGAUGACGAGAGCGUCACACUGGCCAAGAUUCUAAAGGAGAACUCACCCGCCGAUGCUACUGUCCAGCUGACCGGUCUCGAGCGAGACCACCCGCUCUUCCAGUCUGUGAUGAAGGUGGUGGAUGAGGUACAAUCCGAGGGAAAGUAA